AGAAGAAAGGGGAGAGAGAAGAUCAACCAAACGGCAAAUGACUUUGAGAAACUGAAGCAGAAAGAGAGAGAGAAAGUAAAGAAAAGAGACAGAGAGAGAAAAACCAAACAAAACCCAAAAAAACCAACAGACAGAACAGCGUGUUUUCUCGGUUGAGUGUAAGAAACAAGAGAGUUUUUUUUUUCUCACUGGUUAUUUGUUGUGGUUUUUUUUUCUUCCUUUUCUCUCUGGAAGAAGAAGAAGACGUAAACACCCAUUUGAUCGGAUUGCAACUUAGGCUAUUUGGGGAGGUUGUUUGUACGACGUUGAAUGGAGCGGGACCUAGAGUCCGAUCCGCAACCGGAAUGGACAGCUCCGGGACCCGAAACGGGGCUCGAAGAACCGGCUUGGCGUCUGGGAUUAGGGGAUGAGCCGGAAUCUUACCCGGAGAGACCCAAUGAAGCUGAUUGUAUAUACUAUUUGAGGACUGGUUUUUGUGGAUACGGCUCCAGGUGUCGGUUCAAUCAUCCACGUGACCGUACACCGGUUGUGGGAGCUGGAAGAGGUAAUGCAGGGGAGUAUCCGGAGAGAGUGGGCCAGCCGGUUUGUCAGUAUUAUAUGAGGAAGGGGACCUGCAAAUUUGGUUCUUCCUGUAAAUACCAUCAUCCUAAGCAGGGAGGUGGUUCUAUUAGCCCUGUGCCACUAAAUUAUUUUGGAUAUCCAUUACGCCCGGGUGAAAAGGAGUGUUCGUACUUUGUGAAAACGGGGCAGUGUAAAUUCGGCACAACAUGUAAAUUCCAUCAUCCCGCACCACCUGCUGUAGAGGUUCCUGCAGCAUCUCCAGCUCCUCAAGUUGCACCUUUGCCUACUCCAGUUCCUGCACCUACAUUAUAUCCCCAGGUGCAGUCACCAUCAGGUCCUUCCUCACAACAAUAUGGAGUUGUAAUGGCGAGGCCUCCCCUGAUGCCGGGCUCGUAUGUGCAAGGCCCCUAUGGUCCUUUGCUUCUUUCCCCGGGCAUGUUUUCUGUUGCGAGUUGGAAUCCCUAUGCGCCACCUGUUAGUCCCAGUACUCAAUCCAUUGCUGGAUCGAGCUCAGUUUUUGGAGUAACACCGUUAUCUCCUUCAGCACCUGCCUAUACUCGAUCUUAUCAACAUGUACCUCCUGGUUCUGUGUCUUCGAGUAGCAUUCAUCAGGAGCAGUCAUUUCCCGAGAGACCUGGCCAACCAGAAUGUCAGUAUUAUAUGAAAACAGGUGAUUGUAAAUACGGAUCCUCCUGUAGAUAUCAUCAUCCAAAAGAAGUGCUUGCACCAAAAGCUGAUGUCAUCCUCAGCCCUCUUGGUCUUCCUCUUCGUCCAGGUGCACCUCUUUGCAUUCAUUAUUCACAACAUGGAGCAUGCAAGUUCGGAGCUGCUUGCAAAUUUGAUCAUCCUAUGGGAACGCUAAAUUACAGUCCGUCUGCCUCUUCCCUUACCGAUAUGCCUGUUGCACCCUAUCCUGUUGGAUCUACUAUUGGCACUCUAGCUCCAUCAUCCUCAUCUUCGGACUUACGACGAGAACUUCAGUCCGGGUCCAGCAAGGACCCUGCUCCAGCCAUAAUGUCAUCAUCAGUGAGUUCAUCGAGUGAAUCAGUCGGUUCUGUUUUUUCUAAAGGUGGGCCAGCUCCUCAGUCAAGCACACAUCAAUCAAGUCAGAAUUCUGCCCCUUCUACCAGCACCACCACCACCACCAAGGCACACACUUCCAUCUAAGAAAAUGGAAGCAACUGCCUUUAUCCCCCUUUUUUUGAUGAAGGUCAUGAACGGAAACAUAAAUUUUUUGUGUGUGCAAGCCUUCAAAAGUAGGAGGCUUCAUUUCUUGGUUAUCAUGGUUCCACGAUUAAGGUCUAGUGCAUAGCAUCUGUAUUCAUAUAAUCAUCAUAGGGCCAUCUCUUCCAUCUCGAAUAAAACCGAUGGCCUAAACCUAAAACUUUUAGCAUACCCCCAUACACCUAGCUUUUGAAUAACCACGAAAGAACCUGCAGUUGUGUUAGGGAGAACCGUGUCAUCCCCGUCCAAUUUUUGGAGUCCAAAUCAUGCAUCUGAUCUUUUUCUUGAAAACGAAAAGAUCGACCUCGCAACAUUCUUCCCUUUAAAUCAACUGUGUUUUCAUGUCCAUGAUUUUAUUUUGAAUUGGGGAACAAAUUUCCAAUUCAACCUAGAAGAGGAACUUGAAGGUGUUCUUGAUCCCCCACAUUUUUUUAAUGAGGGGUUGUUGUGAAGGAUAUAAGUAAUUUAAGGAAAACUCUGCUGGAUGCAUCAAAAUGUGACAUAUAUAUAUAUGGGGAUCAGAUUAUACAUAUAAUUAUGUUGUGACAAUGGAAAUGCUUGACUGUGUUGGAUAAAUUUAUUGUGAUAUUGGAAUGCAUGAGAAUUACUCUCCACU